CAAGCGGACACGCGCGGGUCUUCAUUCACUGCGAUACCUUUCGGCCACGGAGUAGCCAAAAGCGUUAGUUCAAAAUCGGUAAAAACAAAGUGUGGUUUUAUAUAUAUAAAAAAAAAACGAUCUGAGCGCUAUUCGUUUCUCAAAUUGGUUUCGUGCUUGUGAACUGAAGGGAUUUAAGAUCUAUUGAUCUUUGAUAUAUAUUUUGGUAUAAAAAACCUAAAAACUUGUAAAUUACGAGAAAGUGAAACACAAAAUUAAAGAAUCUCCAGAACAACUAGAUCUAGAUACUAAUAGAAGAUCAAAAUUAAAAAAUCAUAAGAUCUGGCAACCCUGAAACAAAGUCUUCAACAAGGCUCGGCAGCUUAUCAAGGAACCUGAAGGCAUUAUAAAAGAGGAUAACCCGAGUACCAAGAAUAUAUCUCCGGCCACCUUGACCAGCGCAAAGAUUCCAUCUUCUCCGAGUGCAGCCCCCUCCGCAGACCGAUCCCAAGCUGGGUAGUCCAUUCCUGAGCAUCACGCCGGCGGGUGGCAGCAGCAAUCCCUCGCCCACGCCCCCACCGCCCGACGCCAAGGUGGCGGCCAAGCAGCUGGCCCAGAGCUUCCAGCUGUCCGCCAACUCGGCCUUCAACUUGGCCCUGCCGCCCAGCUUCUACAGGCAGCCGCAGCAGCACCCCGAGUGCCUGGACUACGGCCACGAGGCGCCGGAAAUGGAUCUGAUCAAUCCGUAUAUGCGACACCACAGCUUCGCGGCCGCCGCCCAGGGCAGUCCCCCGUCGGCGGCGCAGCGUCACCAUUUGGCGGCGGCCAUGAGCAACGGCUUCGCCGACGUGCAUGCCCAUGCCAUGGCAGCGGCGGACUACCAACAACAGUUGGCCGACUACCACAGUGCAGCGGCGGCAGCUGCUGUCUAUGCCAACAACAAUAAUAUUAACAAUAACAACAACAAUAAUAGCAGUAACAAUAACAACAGCAGUCCGCUGAUGUUGCUCAAGGCGGCGGCACAUGGCGGUGGCCUGAAGGACUCGGACUCGCCGUCGACCACACCGCCGCCCGCCUCCUCGCGCCUCCACUCGGACUCCUCGCCAUCGCCGCGCUACGAGCACAACUCCAGUCCCGGCGUGGACAGCGCCAAGUCGUAUGCCCUGAGCCAGCGCAGCAGCGGAGCGGAGGAUCCCUGCCAGACCAGCGAGUCGGCCAGCCCGCCGCCGCAGGCCCAGAACGACUACAGCCCCGAGAAUCUCACCAGCCAGAGGGGGAAGUUCCAGCACCACCACGGGGUCAAUCCUCUGGCCUUGCACAAUGCCAAUCACGGGGGAAAUCCUGGGAGCCACAACCUCAACAAUAACCACAUGGAUCACAAGCUGCCGCUGAGUUUUCUGGGUCCUCCGCUGGCGGCCCUGCACUCCAUGACCACGGAAAUGAAGACGGGUGGUGGUCAGGGCGUCGGCGGAUCGUCGGCCUCGGGCAAUGGACUGUCCUACGGACACAGCCCGAACUCGCAUCUGAUCAGCGAUCGGGGAUCUGGGGGAAGCUCCUCGUCCUCCUCCACCACGACCACGAACACCAAUAGCCAGGGAGCCCCCAAUCCGCACGGCAUCGAUACCAUCCUCUCCAAACCGCCGCCGGUCACAUCGGCGGGUCUAAGUGCUUUAACAGGAGCUGGCAUCCCCCGCUUCUCGAUCGCCGCCGCCGCAGCGGGAAUGGCCCAAUACCUGUCCCAGAGCCAGGGGGCGCCGCUGAAGACCCACGCCGGACACAUAGUGGACCGCACGCACCUGUACUGGCCGGGACUGCAGGGCCUGGUGGCCAAUCCCAUAGCGUGGCGCGAACGCCUCUCCAACACGAUGUCCGCCAAUCUGUCGCAAUCGCACCAGCACCACCCAUCGAACGACAAGGAUGGCAAGAAGAAACACACCCGCCCAACAUUCAGUGGUCAGCAGAUCUUCGCCCUGGAGAAGACGUUCGAGCAAACCAAAUAUCUGGCCGGACCCGAGCGGGCCAAGCUCGCUUAUGCCUUAGGAAUGUCCGAGUCGCAGGUUAAGGUCUGGUUCCAGAAUCGUCGCACCAAGUGGCGCAAGCGGCAUGCGGCGGAAAUGGCCACGGCCAAGAGGAAACAGGACGAUAUGGGUGGCGAUAACGAUGGCGAUUGCAGCGAGACCAUGGAUAGCGAUAACGAGAGUCUCGACAUGGGGGAGUCCCCUGCCCAGAACAAGCGAUGUCGCAGCAACAGCUCCGGCUCGUCGCAACAGCAGCCGGAUAAUUAUCGUCAUUAAAACGAAUUUACAAACUAUGCAAGGACAUGGACUCGCAAUGAAAUGGAAUGAAAUGCACUUAGGAUAAAUUUCAAUGCGCCAGCUAAUUAGCUAGAAAGCCCAGCAGGAGCGGCCACAAAAGCAGCAGCAGCAGCUAGAAACGAUUUCAGCUAAAUGAUUUGGGUUCAAGUUUUAAGGUUUUGCCACUUUACCGUCUUGUGAAGACUUCCUUUUCGCCCCUUUGACUCUCCUUCUUAUUUCCCCACUGUGUUUAUUAGGUGUGUAAAUAUUUAUGUUAAUUUUCUAAAGAAUACACUUAACAUGAAGCUUAAUUAACGUCGCUAAUUCGUAAGCAAAUCGAUAGGAGUUGAAGACACUGGCACAAAAAUUAAACUGAAUUUAUUACAUACUGUAUGUUUAGUUUCUAAUCCCUAACUUUAAUGUAAUUUCGUGCAUUAGAACCGACCUUAGUUCGUACAACUAAAAUAUAUAAAUAUAAAAUAUUAACGAUUAACUAUGCUAACUGAGAUUGCGCAACAAUAUUUACAAUAUUGAUGACGAUGCAAACGACAACAUGAUGAUUAACUA